UGACGUUUGCCGGUUUGGACUAAGUAGGGAUGUGUAAAACAACCGAUUCUGGCCAUGAGGCCAUCCUCACCAUAGUAAUUGUAGGAGAUCAGCUGUAGGCUGCCGCUAGAUAGCACUGGGGCCUCUUAGAUAAAGGAUUUGGAGACCCUGACGAAAUGGGCUAUCUGAUGACUUGGAGGGAAUUGUGGGUAAUGGCUGUUGGAUUCGACCCCCCGGUGACACACUUCUCCUCAGUAACAUCAGCCAUCCUAGUCUACCUACUGGCCUUGCUGUUCUGUUACGUCUUCUACCAGUUGUCACGGAUACUCCUACCCAGAUUCCUGCAGGAAUAUGUCCUAGAUUUCUUCAAAACCAUGGCUUUCUGUACCUACUGUUUCGGUCAUGGAGUCAUACGAAACGCUCACGGCCACCUUGCCUACAUCCUCUGUGUUGUGCCUUUAAACACCGCCAGUGUCUUCAUUUUCAACCUCGGUGAUGGAACCCCACUCAUGGUGUGGUUAAAAUACCUCCAGAAACAGAUCCCUGCUUGGAAAUUUCUGGCAAAAGUGACUGCUCAAAUCAUGGCUGGUCUGUGUUCUUGGGAGCUCGGCCAUUUGAUUUUUCGACUGGACUUUCAUCCUUCCUUUGUGGAGAAAGUUGAGAGUCAGGUCAACUGUUCCACUGACUUGAAUGUUGCCACGGUUACAGGUUUUGCCUUAGAGACGGUUGCCGUUACCUACGACUUCUGGUUAGAUCAGCAGACGCUUUCUCGUUAUAUGCCGUUAGACCUUGCCUUAAAGAUCCUUAACUGUGCCAUUAUUGUAUGUUUAGGUUUACACCUGACUGGAAUGUACCUGCACCCUGCCAUGGCGACGGGUCACACAUUCGGCUGCGGACCCACCCCCAUCUUGUCACACAUCCUAGUCUACUGGGGAGGCCCGUUCAUUGGAAUAUACAUUGGUCUAAAGCUGGGACAAAUGUUCCAUCUGCCGAUCUCAACGACAACAAAAUCCCAGCAGCCAAUCAAAACAACCCAAAAUGGUGACCAUGGAGACAGCAUUGUCAAAAAGACUGAACAAAAUGGCCAUCAUUCAGGGGAAGUGCGCAACAGGAACACGACGAACCCAAGAAGAAAAAGGUGUCGACAUCUAGGUAAACUGAUAAAGAAAACUAGGACAUCAGGCCGCGGCAUGGGGGCUUUUACGACAUGGAGAGAGCUUUGGUCAAUGUCGGUCGGGUUCGAUCCCCCGAUGACCCACUUCUCGUCUGUGACGUCAGCAGUCCUGAUUUACCUACUGGUCUUGCUCCUCUGUUACGUCCUAUACCAGUUGUCAAAAACAUUUCUUCCCGGAUUCAUACAAGAAUACGUCCUGGAUUUCUUCAAGACGUUAGCUUUCUGUACCUAUUGUUUUGGCCAUGGCGUCGUUAGGAACGCGCAUGGUCACCUUGGUUACAUCCUCUGCAUGGUGCCCCUCAACACAGCCAGUGUUCUAAUCUUUAACCUUGGAGACGGGACGCCCUUGACUGUAUGGGCCAAAUAUCUUCGAGGUCAAAUUCCCACAUGGAAGUUCGUUGUCAAGGUGUCGGCCCAAAUCGUUGCCGGGUUUUGCGCCUGGGAACUUGGACACUUCAUUUUAGGCCUAGAUUUUCACCCGUCGUUUGCAGACAAACUUGGCCAAAAAGCGAACUGUAACUCAGAUUUGAGAAUUGCCGCCAUAGCGGGGUUUUUCCUGGAAGGGACUGGGGUAGCCUAUGACUUCUGGAUGAACCAACAGACACUCUCUAAAAAUAGAGCACUGGACAUUGCUUUGAAAUUUACCAAUACAGCUCUCGUGGUUUGUAUCGGCGUGAGGAUGACAGGGAUGUACAUACACCCAGCUAUGGUCACGGGGCGAACCAUCGGCUGUGGAGACACCCCAAUACUGUCCCAUCUACUGGUGUACUGGGCAGGGCCGUUCGUAGGGAUAUUUGUGGGGCUUAAGGCGAGUCAGAUUUAUAGUUUGCCCUUUAACAAAGAUACACCAGAUAAAGAGUACAAAAAGGGAGACGACUCUUUGGGUACGAAAAAGAAGAAUGUGACAUCAGGAAAAGUACGGCAAAGGAAAGUGAAGAAAGAUGAAACCACGUAGCUGAAUACUGCCAUGCUUUUGUUGAUUUUUUUUUCAAAUAAGUGAUCUCAUCUAUUUAUGUUGCUUAUAAUAAAUUAAAUGCUUUGUCGAUUAAUAAAAAUAUUCUGACAGUAUUAUCUUAAUUACGUUAAAUGAGCGAAAAUUGUAUGCGUGUCAAUUCCAUUUGCUUGAUUAGAUUUUCAAUAAUACUG